AGUUUGGCUCCGGUGUAGGUUUCCAGUAAGUGGCAUGCGGGACUCAGGAGAGAUCCCAAAGAGCUGAGCCGAGAGCCUUUGUGUGCACAGGGAGGAGGCGGUGGCGGCCGCCUGGCUGGAGACCCCGCCCGGGGAGCCCCCGGCAGGAACAAUGCUAGCCUGCCUGACGCGGGGGAACUUACUGGACGUCCUGCAGGAGGGCUUCAAUGAGCAACAGCUUCAGGCCUAUGUGGCCUGGGUGAAUGCACAGCUGAAGAAGAGGCCAGCAGUGAAGCCUGUGCAGGACCUGCGACAGGAUCUCCGGGAUGGGGUGAUCCUGGCAUAUCUCAUCGAGAUUGUUGCAGGAGAAAAGCUGAGUGGGGUACAGUUGAGUCCCAGUAACCAACAAGAGAUGAAGAAUAAUGUGGAGAAAGUGCUACAGUUUGUGGCUUCCAAAAAGAUUCGUAUGCACCAGACUUCAGCUAAAGAUAUUGUGGAAGGAAACUUGAAGUCUAUCAUGAGGCUGGUCCUCGCCUUGGCAGCUCAUUUCAAACCCGGCUGCAGCAGGACAGUGAGCCAAGGACGGGAUUCCAGGGCCCCUGUGCAGAGUCACCAACCACACUGUGCCACUGCUGUGGCCCAGGGAGCAGCUGCUGCUCUAGCUGAUGUGUGUCAUGACAUGUCACGGUCAGGACGGGAUGUCUUUCGAUACAGACAGAGGAACAGCAGCAUGGAUGAGGAGAUCGAGAACCCGUACUGGAGCGUGCGGGCCCUGGUGCAGCAGUAUGAAGGGCAGCAAAGGUCCCCCUCUGAGUCAAGCUGCUCCAGCCUGACUUCACCCAGUCCAAUCCACAGUGCAAAGAGUGAAUCCAUUAUAACCCAGUCGGAGGAAAAAGCAGAUUUUGUGAUUAUUCCCUCUGAGGGAAUAGAGAACAGAACAGAGGAGACGGACUCUCCACUAUCCCGAGACUGGCAGCCAGGGAGUCCCGGAACCUAUCUGGAGACCUCAUGGGAAGAACAGCUGUUGGAACAACAAGAACAUUUAGAAAAAGAAAUGGAGGAAGCGAAGAAAAUGAUAUCAGGACUACAGGCCUUACUGCUCAAUGGAUCCUUACCUGAAGAUGAACAGGAAAGGCCCUUGGCCCUCUGUGAACCAGGAGUUAAUCCCGAGGAACAACUGAUUAUAAUUCAAAGUCGUCUGGAUCAGAGUAUGGAGGAGAAUAAGGACCUAAAGAAGGAGCUGCUGAAAUGUAAACAAGAAGCCAGAAACUUACAAGGCAUAAAGGAUGCCUUGCAACAGAGAUUGACUCAGCAGGAUACAUCUGUUCUUCAGCUCAAACAAGAACUACUGAGGGCAAAUAUGGACAAAGAUGAGCUGCACAACCAGAACGUGGAUCUGCAGAGGAAGCUAGAUGAAAGGAACUGGCUCUUGGGAGAAUAUAAAAAGGAGCUUGGGCAGAAGGAUCGCCUUCUUCAGCAGCACCAGGCCAGGUUGGAAGAGGCACUCCGGAAACUCUCUGAUGCCAGUUACCAGCAGGUGGAUGUGGAAUGGGAACUAGAACACAAAGAUGUCCUUUUGGCUCACUGUAUGAACAGAGAGGCAGAUGAGGUGACCAAUUACAACAGUCACAACUCUCAAAGCAAUGGUUUUCUCCUUCCAACGGCAGGAAAAGGAGCUUCUUCAAUCACCCACAGAGGGACUAGUGACCUGCAGCUUGUUCGAGAUGCUCUCCGCAGCCUGCGCAACAGCUUCAGUGGCCAUGAUCCUCAGCACCACACCAUUGACAGCUUGGAGCAGGGCAUCUCUAGCCUCAUGGAGCGCCUGCAUGUCCUGGAAGCACAGAAGAAACAAGAAAGAAAGGUUCGGGGCAAGUCACCCAGAACUCAAGCAGGUAGUGAAUACCGGGAGUCCUGGCCCUCUAAUUCAAAGUUGCCUCACUCACAGAGCUCUCCAGCUGUCAGCAGCGCCUGCACUAAAGUGCUCUAUUUCACUGAUCGGUCACUUACGCCCUUCAUGGUUAACAUACCAAAGAGUUUGGGGGAGGUGACACUAAAGGAUUUUAAAGAAGCUAUUGAUCGGGAAGGGAAUCACCGGUAUCAUUUCAAAGCACUGGAUCCUGAGUUUGGCACUGUCAAAGAGGAGGUUUUCCAUGAUGAUGAUGCCAUCCCUGGAUGGGAAGGGAAAAUUGUAGCCUGGGUGGAAGAAGACCAUGGAGAGAAUUAAUGCUGAUUAUUAGAUUGUGGGCAUGUGGAAUCUGGUCACUCCCUGGCUGCUUCACUCAGGAAAGGGUACUAAAACCAGUAUACACCAAGAAGUUUCUAGUUCAUGCUGCCACAACAGAAGCUUCUUCAAGUGUGAUGGCCACAGGCUAGUCCUGUUUCUGUGCCUGGCAUAUCUGGUACUUAAAAUCUGUGUCCAAAUGUAGACCAUGGGUUCAUCUGAAGUUCCUUGUCCGUGGGAAUGCAGCGUUUUCUUCAACUCUGAGGACAACAAACCGAAGGCCUUAACCAAUGGGGAUGGAUGAUCCCGUUCCUGUAGAGGCAUGCUGCUAUUAUCUGGAACUGGGGAAUUGGAUGCAUCAUUCCUGUGUGUUACAGUAUUGUUUUAAUUGGCCUCAAUAGUUGCAGCAAUCAGAGUCCCAGUAUUCAUACUCACAAACAAGGCAAAGGUACCAGCUUUUCUGCUUCUUUGCAGCUAUUGUAAACCAAGAAUAACUCAUGAGGUGGUACCAAAGAUGAAAGCCCACUCUUCAGUAAUUUGAACUACACAUGGAUGGUGCUGAACUGUUGAUUGGAUGGAAAAAGGGUUGCCCAUAUUGUGCUAUACUGUGCUAAAACCAUAAUUAAGACGGACCUUGGGCUGCCUCUUCUGGUCUUAACUGGUUCUGUAGCUUGUCCUUUAGCUCACGAAGGGCAUAUUUUAUGUACUGCUAGUUUUCUCUGGGGACUCUUUAACUUUAGAGCCAUUUAUUUUCCUUCAAAUUGAUGAACUUUGUGUGUGAAAGGAGUAAAGAGUGAAAUGCUCCUUAAAAAUCCAGGCGGGUAUGGAAAGGUGCUGCUACCCAUAUCUUCUUGACUUUGUCUCAUGACUUUCUUUAACUCAUGGCAUCUCCUUUGCAAUUAAAAGGAGAGGGACCAUUAAUUUCAGUAUUUCUUUGUGACUUAUGAGAACUGAGCAUGAAUUACUGGUUUGUCCCUUCUCAUGUCGAGGCCAGAGUAAUUUACUAUUAUAUAUUUACUCUAGACUGAUCCUUUAGGGUACAACAGACACCAUGGGGCAUGGAGCAUGAGUUGUGAAUGGCAGGGCUGAUUCUGGGUGAAAAAACCUAGAAUCAUUUCUCAUGUACAACAUUGUCAAGUGUAGAAGCUAGGAGUUCAACCUUCAGAAAUUAACAACCUGGGUUUCUCAUUCAUCCACCAAGCACCAUCAACCAAUCAGCCAUUUUAUAUAUAUAUAUAUAUAUAUGUAUGUAUGUAUGUGUAUAUAUAUUCCUAAAAGCAGUCUACCUGUGACCACCGAUGUACACUGCCAAACAAAAGAGAAGGACAGAUCAGUUCUGGGUUCUUGACCUGUCUGUUGCCAGUUCAUCUCCCCUUUUCAGUGAUUUCAACAAGACUACUCUUUGGAGCUCUGAGAUGACAUCUUGUUGUUUUAUACAGAUGUGUCUUUUAAAAAUAGUUCAUGUUUGGAGAAUUCCUUUGUACUCAUUUGCUUUUUGUCUGAGAACCAUGUCUAUUUUUAUAACUGGAGUGUGAGUUUUGUAUAUUCUCACAUUCUAUAUACUGUGUCCAUUUUCUAGAGAGCCCAGUAGCUUUUAUAGUCUCUUCUUACCACCCCUUGUGGUUUCAGAACAAGCUUUAUUUUAUUACAAGUAUACUAAUGACAACUAAUUCCUGUUCCAAUUCUACCUGCUAUUUUAGUUACGGAGGUAGUUGUAUGUAACCCAGUUGAUUGUUCCUUUAGCAGAUAGAAGGAGUUUACUUACCAGAUGUCUUUCAUGUAAGUUUACUGGGUCUCGUACUGAAGAAUGAUUUUUCAUCAGAAGUGACUGGGAAAGUUUGGGAAAAUCAGCCAAAAGCAAGAAUAAUUCAUAAUGAAAGCAAACAGAAGAAAAUAGUAUAUUCUCAGUUUUUUCCCCAAGAAGUCUGGAGAAAAAGUCCUAAUGUCACCAAGUUCUCUGUUGCAUGAAUUUUAAUGCCUUGCUAUAAGACAGCAUGAGGGUUAUCAGGCCAAAAUUCAUUAUUGUAUUUCCAGUACAAUUUAUCUUGAAUAUUUGUCUCUUAAAUCAGUUAUUUCUUGUCAGUUUUCUUUCAGCAAACAGUCUUACUGUUAUCUGGAAUUUAACUUUUCAGAGAAAAUUAAACCAGAGAAAAUUUUCUAUGUCUUCUA